UUUUGAUACCAUAAGGGUAUUUUUAUGAAACGACAGAAUCCAUUUCAAUUAACGUAUUCAUCGAAAAUAUGAAAUGAAAAUUUUAAACAUAUAAUACAUACGCAAACUCCGGUCCCGGUAUCACAUGCGUGUGCAUAUGUAUUGUACCGGUAUGUACAUGUACAUUGUAGUCAGUUGAACUUAGAAUUUAUAACGCCACUCCCUAUCGGUUUAUUGUCAGUUUUACAAGAAAUAUAGAAAUUUUAUCAUGUCUUUUUGGAUACCGUUGGAGUCUAACCCUGAGGUUAUGACGAAGUUCUUGCAUCAACUAGGUGUACCAAAAGAAUGGAGCAUUGUUGACGUCUAUGGUCUAGAGCAAGAUUUAUUGGCACUCGUGCCAAAGCCGGUUGUUGCCAUUAUCUUACUUUAUCCUUUGAGAAAAAAGGGUGAUAAUACAUUAGUGGAUACUGAAGAAGUCGAUAAAGAACAAGGCACCACUGCUUCAGAUCCAGUAGAUCCAUUGCUUUAUUACAUGAAACAAUAUAUUCACAAUGCAUGCGGUACAAUUGCAUUAAUUCACAGUGUCGCAAAUAAUCUAGAUACUAUAAACCUUAAGGAAGGUUUCCUGAAAAAUUUCUUAGAUAAAUCUAAAGGUCUCUCUGCUGAAGAGUGUGGGAAACUUUUAAUGUCGUCGAACGAAAUCAGUGAGACACAUGAAGAAAUGGCAUACGAAGGACAAACAGAAGCACCGAGCGAGGAUGCACCGGUGUUUCAUCAUUUUGUAGCAUUUGUACAAAAAAAUGGCAUUUUAUAUGAAUUAGAUGGACGUAAGCCUGGGCCUAUUAUUCAUGGUCCAACUACUUCAGAGACGUUACUGGAAGAUGCUGCUCGCGUUUGUAAAGACUAUAUGGCACGUGAUCCAGAUGAAGUGUGUUUUACGGUUGUUGCCCUAUCUAACAAUGAUUCGGAGUCAUUUUAAUUUUGUAUAUAAUAUGCAUUAUACUCAUUUUUUAAAAAUUCGGGUAAAUAUUCCUUAAAAAGUUAUUAAUUAUUAAAAAUAAGUCUCGAAUAAACAUUCAUUUCGUACUAUUUGGAUAUUAUUAAUUAUAAAAUUUCUUUAAAACUUCAACAUAUAGAAUGUUAGAACUUUUGGAGAUCACUCAGGAGAGCAGCUUUGGCAACGCAUGUCAAGGUCAAGGCCAUAUAUAUACAUAUACAAUAUCGAGGCAGAUUACAAUGUAGUAGCAUUAAUAUAUUUUUGUUAAUAAGUUUUUAACUAACAACGAGCGACGACUUUUAAAGGACUCUCAGGAAGGAGGCCUUCAGUUAUCACGUAUUGUACGCAGGGAUGGAAAAAGUUCUCGAACUUUUUAAUAGGUUCUAUUUAUAACGGUCCUUGUAGAACUUUUUUCAAAAAGCUUCUGCCUUUAAGUUUCAAUGAGAAUACAUAAAAAGAAAUUCUACAAUAUAUCUUCCGUAAGAACACUUUUAUAGCGACAGGAAUAGAUAUAUUCUUUUAAGUAAAACAUAUAAAUACUAAUAGAAUUUUUUCAGAAACGAGAGGUACCUGUAUACAUAUUUUGAUUCCUGAUUGUAUGUCGAUACGUGAAGAUCAAGAUCAUUGGAAGUGGUUUCCCUAAACCCAUAUUUAUCAAGAAAUGUUCAAAUUUAUUUUCUACAUUAUAUAUACACACACAGUCAUUGGGUAUUGCAUUUAUUAAUAUUUGCUUGUUAUCACAUCAUAAGAAAUAUAUUGGUAAAUAGGAAUACACGCAGGUAUUUGCAGGUAUUUGUAUUGCAUCCUUGUUUGAAGAUAAUUUAUGUAUAAGGUUAAAGAAACGUAGAAAGUAACAUGUUCCAAAAAUUGCAGAUCAACGUUUUUUAAUGCGUAUUUUUUUAAAAAUUUAUACAAUCUAGCGGAUGUUUAAAUAAUCGAAUAAUACUUAAGACGACAAAACAAUGUAAAGAAGGCGAACGGAUAAUUAAAUGUAAGAUUUGUAUAUGUAUAUCCUGAAUGAUUGAUACAACGACGUAUAAGAAUUUUUACAUUAGUUUCAACUAAGAGUUUUUGAUAUCUGUACUGUGUUGUUCGAGGAUCAAUACCUGUAAAGUAUUUGAAUACCUGAGUGAGGUUUUCACAAUUAAAAUCAAUAGUGCUAUAUUCUGUUUCUAAAACAAUUGAUUCCAUAGUUAAGCGAAACAACCAGUCGAUAGUACGUGUAACAUUUGUGUUAGUCAAUUAAAUCGAUGUUAUGAAUGUGAAUUAAAAAAUGUUAUGAACGUUAUGGCUCAUAAUGCGCUUCUUUCGUUUAAAUAUUACAAUAUAAAUUGUAUCAGAUUAUGUAUUUGUUAGAUUUAGAUUAACGUUUUUAUAAUUGUAACCAUCGCUUUAAAAAAUUCGAUUCUCUUCACAUGUCGCGUCCGUUGUUUUUCACAAAUGUUCUUUGAAGGCAAACGAGCGGUGAAAAUGCAAUUCUAAUUACUUUUAUAAAUAUUUCUCGAUGUAUUCUAGACUGAUUUGUUUCGUAUUUGUUGUUAUUUCUUUCUAAGAUUGUGUAUUAAUUGUGCAUUUAAAAUAUUUUCAAUCAGCAUUUGCAUCAACCGUGUUUUUCGUGUACCAUGAUCGGCCUUUAAUUUUUAGAAAUUACAAAUUCUCAUCACAAUUUCUUUGUAAAACAAUUCAGUUCCGGAUACAUACUUUUCUAUGCUUCUGAAUUGCAUUUCUAGAAUUGCAUUUAUUUCACAAUCGAGCAACAUGCGAUGGUACAUUUAUUCAGUAAGCGUCGAUGAGAUCUGAGAGACAUAUCCACAUUAUAAUUAAAAUAUUACACGCACAGCUAAGUUUAGACGUUUUUAUAACAGCUUCGGCGCUAAACGAGAGAAGAAAAUACGAACAUUGAAACGAUAUGAGCUACGUGUCAAAAAAAAGAAAAAACAGCUUGGGGAAACAAUAAAUUAGAGUAUAGAACA